AUGGAUCUCAAUCGAAUGCUGCAACAGUUCUGGGAGUACGAGGAAAUCUUCAAGCCACCCCCGUUCACCCCCUCGGAAAUGAAGGUCAUCGAACAUUUCGAUUCGACCACGCAACGCGAUGCUACUGGGCGCUUCAUCGUAAAACUACCAUUCGACGACUCGAAGCCCGCCCUUGGUGAAUCCCUGUCGUCUGCAACAAAAAGGCUCAUGUCCAUGGAAAGGCGGUUCGCAUCCAACCCGGAGUUCCAUCAGGAGUACGUGAACUUCAUGCGUGAGUAUUUGGAGCUCAAUCACAUGGAACUAGUUCCGGCAGACCAGCUGGAGAAACAGACCUCGGAGCACUACUAUUUACCGCACCACGCGGUGAUCAAGGCGGAUAGCAGUACGACGAAGCUGCGCGUUGUUUUUGACGGCUCGUGCGGCACACCUACCGGCGUAUCCCUUAACGAUCAAUUGUUUCGUUCCUACAAGGUGGCAUUUAGCGUAGAUAUCGCUAAAAUGUACCGCCAAGUGUUGGUGAGUGAAGACGAUCGCGAUUUCCAGCGUGUUGUGUGGCGUGAAAACACAGAUCUUCCGAUACAGCACUAUCGCCUUUCUACGGUGACAUAUGGGACGAAGACAGCUCCCUACCUUGCAAUUCGAGCCAUGAGAGAGUCCGCCAAAGACUAUACAUCGACACAUCCAGCAGCAGUUGAGCGAACCGUUCACGACUUCUAUGUGGAUGAUCUGCUGUCCGGAGCCAACAACGAAGAAGAAGCAGCGUGCAUCAAGCAGGAGACAAGCGAUAUUCUGUCCAAGUCCGGUUUCGAACUGCGAAAAUGGGCCUGA